AUGCCCACACGACUGGUGCCUCUGGCGGCUGCAGAUAGCGCAGAAGAAGCUCAUUUUUGUGUGCUCUGCGAGGGGUGGGAGGUCGUGUCGCAUGAUGACAUAACCGAUAGGACUGAAGUUAACCGGGCGGCGGCCCGGCAACCUAUCCGUUCAUCUCUUGGGUAUCCCUCCCGACUCCGAGCACAGAUGUGGCUCGACGGGAAUAGAGACAGACAAAGAUUUGGAGAAAGGAGCAAGGUAAAAAAGAGAGGCACCGAGUCCCGGGAAGACGGGCGGGCGGGAUUCGGACGAAAGGCAAUAAAGCAGGCGGCUCCGGGGUCCGGGACGUCAGAUUGUCCCAAACGCAAGUUCCGCUUUCGGAGAAUGCCGGUUCGAGGCCGCCUUCUCCUCCUCUGCGGCAUCGGAGGCGACGGAUGA